GUUCUGCGGUUCGCUCUGCAGCGAGCGCUGCGGUGUCUGCAGCAGCUCGCACAGCAAUGGCGGUGGCGCCCGAAAUCGCGCCGCCUGCGCGAAAAAACGCGGCGCAACGUCUCCACCGGUCGACGCAGCAUCGCCACAGGCGAGCGCGGUGGAGCAAGGAGGACGCCGGGAUGUCGGGGAGCUUGGCAGCAUGGCUGAAGCCCCCAGCUCAGCAGCAGGAAGGGCAGCAUGGUUCGCCUCAAAUUAUGGAGACUGAAGGUGCGGUGGAGAUGGAUGUUGAGGUGGGAGAUGUUGGUGCGGACAGCAGUGAUCAUGAUGCCGAGAAGAUCUGCAGCCCGCAAGAAGAGCAUGACCCCACCAGCCGUGGCGACAGCAGCGAGAGCGAGACCGAUAUGCUGGUGUGUUCGGGUGUUGGUGUUCCGCUGGAAGAUUGGUUUGGUGAGGAUGACCAGGCUAGAGCUGCAGAGCUUCUUUAUUCCAGCGGCGAGGACAGUUUUCUCGACGCACUAGACGCAAGCCGCGACCGCUCUCGCGGCCCCGGCGAACUUGACGGAGAGAGCGGCGACAAGGCUGAUGAUGAUGUUCAGCCUCAGGACACCGGCGAAGCAGAAGCUGUGGGAGACACCGGCGAAACAGCAGCUGUGGGAGGAGCCGGGCACGCAGCCUCUAGCGGUACAAGUGGUGAGACCGUCCGAAAAAGUUCGAGGACGAACCUUUUCGACGGGCUGUACGCCGACCCCGCCCGCGCACGAGACGGGGCACGCGGCCGAUGCAGUGGGCCUGGGCGAGGAACACGGGUGGCGUCGGGGGAUGGAGCCAAGGGGAGGUUUGCGGGGUUGAACAAAAAACGAUUGAAGCACAGAAGGCGCGAGGAGAGGAAGAAGACACCGGAACAACGAGCGCGAGAGCGAGAAGCGCGAUAGCGAGCGCGAGAGCGAGCACUCAAAGCGCAGAGAAGGCGGGAGGACACGCCGCGAGAGAAGGAGCUCUUGGACAUCUACCAGAAAGUGGUGGACGCUAUCGACAAGGUGA